AUGGCAGGACAAUGGGUCACCACCCAAGAGGUCAUUGACGAGCUCAACCGCGUCAAGGCGGAGAUGGCGACAUUGAAAGAAAGUUAUGUCGCGUCCUGUAUGGAGAAUCAAAGCCUGAAAUCUGCUCAAAAGUCCAAAGGCACUAAGCGACGCAACAUAGACGACGCCGUCAUCGAGCGCGACGCCGUCAUCGAGCGCGACGCCGUCAUCGAGCAUGACGCCGACAUCGAGCAGCGUCUUCAGCGACUAGAAGACAUGAUCGCCAGAAUCCCCGGCGUCCCUCGUCCUAUGGAGAAAGCGACGCCAGACAGCUAUGCGGACUCACCUUUUGCUGAUUUUAUUGCCAUGAUCGAGGUUCCAAAGCGGUUCUCCGUCCCAACCAUGAAGAUGUACGACGGCACUACAGAUCCAAAUGACCACGUCGCCCAAUACAAACAACAGAUGAUGACCAUCUCAAUUCCUCGUAGCAUGCGUGAGGCAUGCAUGUGUAAAGGAUUCGGAUCGACGUUGACUGGACCAGCCCUGCAGUGGUUCAUCCACCUUGGCAACGGCACUAUCUCUUCCUUUGCUCAAUUGAUUAAUAUUUUUAAUUUACAGUUUGCUAGUAGUCGUAAGAUGGAAAAACAGGCUAGUGACUUAUAUAGAAUCGUGCAAAAAUCUGAUGAAUCCUUGAAAGAGUUUGUUCACAGGUUUAACAGGGAAAAGGUGUCGAUUCCAAAUUGCGACGUUAAGACGGCUAUUGAAGCUUUCCGACGGGGACUGGAUGAAGACUCAGAUUUGUACAAAGAGCUUACCAAGUAUCCCUGUCCGACGUUCGAGGAUGCUCAAGCCAAAGCCUCGGCCCAUAUCCGAUUGGAGGAAGACAUGCAGUCAAGAAAGGAAUUUUAUGACGUCGACAGCAGGAAGUCGACGCCAAACGAAGAAAGUUCGUGGCGUCCAAAGCCUUAUGAUCGUCCACAACAAGUUCAUAGCGUCCGUCAGACUCAUCAAGCCAACGAUUGGAAAAACGAUCCUAACUAG